AUGGAAAUGGUUAAGAAUCGAGAAGAUCACUGGUCUGCUUCGGCAUAUCAAAACUCCGCUUCUUUUGUUCCAAAGCUUGCGGGGAAGGUUUUGAGUUGGUUGGAUGUGCAGAGUAAUGAUGUGAUUUUGGACAUUGGGUGUGGUGAUGGAAUCAUCCCCGUUCAAAUCGCACACACGCUUUCCAGAGGCUCGGGAAGUAUCCACGGAAUUGACAGUUCGGAAGGUAUGAUUGCUGCUGCUCAAAAGGCUGCUGUGGCAGAGGGUGAAGCGAUUUCAGGAAUUUGUACAUUCCAAGUUCUCGACGCAUCGUCUCCCCAAGAUCUCUCCACCCUCUCAUCCCAAAUCUACACCAAGAUUUUCUCCAACGCCGCACUCCACUGGAUUCUCCGCCCCGAAGCCACCCGUAAACAGUUCUUCACAGAAAUCAAAAGACUUCUCAAACCCAACGGGGUUUUGGUCUUCGAAAUGGGAGGUAUGGGUAACGUAGCCGAGAUGCGCACCGCGUUGUUGAGUGUUGUUGGGCGUCGCUGUGAGGGGGGUCUAAAGAGGGCGAGAGAGGUAGAUCCGUGGUUUUUUCCGGAUGAGGUGUGGAUGAGGAGUGUGUUUGCUUCUCCUUCGGAUGUAAAUGAAGAUGGAGAAGGAGAAUGGGAGAUUGAAAAAUUGGAAAGAGAAUACAGGGCUACACCGACAGAUAAGGGGGGAAUAGAAGGCUGGGUGAAGUUGAUGGGGAAACAGUUUUUUGAUAUUCUUGGGAAUGGGGAAGAGAGGGAGGAGGCAGAAAAAGAGGUUUGUGAGGUGUUGGAAAGUGUGUGUAGGAGUCCGGGGGGUGGAGAUUGGAUUGGGUAUGUGAGGUUGAGGGGGAUGAUUAGGAGGGUUUAG